AUGUCGCCGCAACCCCAAAUCGAGAAAUUGCAGACAACUUAUACCGGGGUAUUUCAGGAGAAUUUGUCUUCAUCUUCACUCGGGCGAAAUUUCGUGUCUUUGAAUCGUCUGAGCCCGCAGAUGUGGACAUAUCAAUCUGAUACACGCGAGAAUAUCGUGAAUCUAAUUAGAGAUAUCAACGAAGGCAAAAAUGCUUCACAGAAAGAAUAUCUAAAGGAAGUACGUGGGAAGAUCAUUAUUACCAAGCUGCCCUGGGACACACAGAGCAACCAAUAUGCAUUGCCACUCGUCCCAGACUGUGGCCUCGCAGAUCACAUUAGCAAAAGGACCUUUCUUAUCCGCAAUAAGCAUACGCCAAAUCAGUUUUGGUUUAAUCAAUCAAAUGCCGUGGUACUAUCAAACGACAGACGCUCAAGAUUCCGCAUUGAGCUAGCGGACACAAAAAACAGCAUAAAGAAUCCUGUGAUGCUAGGGUUAGAUUCAGUCAAAUUAAGCGUGGUUCGAGGCAAUGGUAGUAUCGAACCUGUUCGCGUGAAGGAAAAUGGAGUACUGGAAAUCCACGGUCGGGGAAAAGAUACCUUUCUGUUUGGUCUGCUGCACGGGGGUUUCCACGUUGAUCAUGUGCAUAGUAUCGUCGACGGGAGUCAGAAGACUGCUAGCGCCCCGAUAAUGAUCGGGAAUGGGGAUAAGCUUCAAGAUUCUGGCGAUGUAUGGGAGUUAGUCUAA